AUGUGUGAUGCGAUCGAAAUUCGUCUUGCAGUUUUCUGGAGCCAAGCAGGGAUACUUGCCGUCAUGUUCCAGUCCUUCACAGGAAGCUCUCGCCGUCCGAGGCAAGUCAACUUGAGUGGCCGUUCCAAUAAUCCAUUUGCUGCCUUUCCUGGAAGCUCGACGAAUCGAAACUCUCCUCACGCCGGCCUCCCUCAAAGUGCGGUGGCGAUCGCUCAACAAGAACGCGUUCAGAGACAACGUGAGCGGGAAAGGCGUGAUGCGCUCCGGAUCAUUCAACGCUGUUGGCGGGGCUAUCGCAGCAGGAAAGCCACACAUAGCAUAUGGCGGGUGGAGUGGGACGAGAACGAGCUUCAAAUGAAGCACGAUGGGGAUAUUGUGCGUGCCAUCAAUUCUUCUGAAUUCGAAACGGUUCUUGCUUCAUACCCUACCACAUCAUAUGGGACCGCGGACCAGUGCUUAACUCAGCUUCGUUUACUGGUUCAAUUCGCCUCCAGCAGAAGGAACGACGAUGUCCUUCGACUCGUCCAUUUUGUUGGCGCUUUUGAAAGUACUUUUCGAGCUUUGAACACCAUUGCCGUGGACGGAGAAUGGACCAGCCUACUGAAACGGCUUGCCAGAACGAUUCUGUUUGUACUACGCUCAGCCCCAGAUUCAAAAUUACCGAUAUUGGCCAUCGAGAUCCUUUUGCGAGCGACGAUGUUCCUCACAAGCUUGCUCCCGAAGCAGAUGGCUACGCUCGCAGAGGCGUAUUACGAAGUUAUGGGACAUUUGACAACUCGAAUGUCAGUUCUGUGUCCAUCUGUUCCAAGUCACCCUGGGAUUCCUGCCCACCUCCUUCAAGAAGCAGUCCUUGCUCUCCUUCGCCCAAUAACUUCCGAGACCAUGUCUGCAUACGAGUCCUUCGCAUUUUCCUAUCUGAGGAUCCCGAGCCUCGAAUCUUAUCUGGGAAACAUGGAUCACCUUGCUGGACAGAUAAACUACCGGAUGCUGGCGCUGGCCAUCUCCUCACGCUCGGACUCCAUGACCGUGUUUAAACCAGGGGAAUUGCAAGCACAAGCCUGGCUGCUCUCUUAUUUGAUCUAUUUCCAGCAACACACAUCCGGAACUCACAAUACCUCACAUGCACCAGAGCUUGAGUUCGUGACUGUCGUGUCAGACUUGUUAACCUCCACUGCCGCAUACUUGGUGCAGGGUCUUGAGACAGACGAGGGAACAGACAAUGUUACACCCCGAGCUGGACGCCCCCUAGACUCCUUCAUCAGGGAUCAAGUCAAUAGUCUCAUCACCCAGAGUAGCGUGACCGGUCUGCUCUCUCGCAUUAGUUCAUCUCCUCCCACCCAGUACAGUUCACCAAGACGUGACCUCGAAUCUUCAAGAGAAGCUCGAGUCCUUGCCAAAUUUGCCUUGAACUUACUCCGGAUAUUUCCAAGACGGGGCGACGAUAUUCGUAUGUGGUUGUUUCUGGGCUCAGCGCCAUCCACCGAGAACACUCUCAGCGACUCGAGUGCGAAGAUACCCGCGAUCAAAUAUUUCUGGCGCGCGACUAGGUCGAGCCGCAUCUUCCAGGUCAUUCGUAAUGAUUCCAUGAACGUUCUUCCGUUAUUAGUGCAGUCAUCUCACCAGUCAAAGGAGACUUCUGAUUUGACACAAGAUGACCGGGAUCAAGAAUGGACGACUAUCCUCCUCUUCCUUGAGCUUUAUACCUUCGUCCUCAAGGUCAUGGAUGAUGAUGAGUUCUUCUCCACUUCGUCUUCCUUUACGGUCUCAGACACUGCCAAGGCAUCUUGGACACGAGAAAGUGCAUUGCCACUUGGGGAGGUACAAGAAAUGACCAUCUUCCUGAAGAACCUCGCAUUUACGCUUUACUGGAAUGCGGCCGACUUGAGUAACACGGAAACUGGCCAAGCAAGGGUGAGCUUGAGCAGCUAUUUCAGCAGUGCCAACCAUAGGUCCAAUUCUGGGGAAGCCGACGAAAGCACCUCGGAUCUUGAACAAAGAUCUCAACCCAACAAUUUACCUGGUGUGACUGGGAUCCCACUUGACUACUUCAAGGGUCUUGUAACCGGUCUUCUGCGAAUGUUACAUGAGCGAGACUCGCGUCGCAAAUUUUUGCCUAAAGACCACUGGCUGAUGACUACCCGCUUCGAUAUGGAGGGGUUCAUCCCUACCGUCGUUGGCGAGGAGGAGAGAAGGCAUGAGUACCAAGCCCGAGCUGAAGAAGAGGGAGACCCAGAUCUAGCAGAAGACACAUCGAGUCUACCAGUUGGUUUGGCUGGCACUAGCCAUGCUCAGCACACCAUUCGACUCGAAUCAUUGCGACGUCACCAGCAGAAAGUCGCUCGAAGCAGAGUUUUAGCGGCCAUCGCACCGCGACUGGAGAUCUUGAGGAACAUGCCAUUCUUCAUUCCGUUUGAGACGCGAGUGCAAAUAUUCCGUGAAUUCAUCUACCACGAUCAAUACCGUCGACGACGCGGAUAUGUGGAUCCUGACCAAUGGCGUGCAUCCCUGGCCCAGCUAAAUAUGGCUCAGAUGACCAACGGACAUCAAGGGAUUGGAGAUAAUCUGGCCCGGCACCAAGCUGAGAUUCGACGUGACAACGUUUUCGAUGAUGCAAUGGCACAAUUCUAUCCGUUAGGCGAAGGUUUAAAAGAACCCAUCCAGAUAAGCUUCAUCGACCAGUUCGGUGCUGUUGAAGCUGGUAUUGAUGGUGGCGGUGUGACCAAAGAGUUCCUCACGAGUAUCACGAGUGAAGCCUUCAAGACCGCGGGGGACUUUGGCAUGUUUGUCGACAACGAUCAGCACCUGCUGUAUCCUAAUCCUACCGUCGUCGAGCAAUGCAAGACUCGUAUGCGCGAAGAUGGAGUGGCUGAGUCAGAUUUAGAAUGGUCUGAGCGAAUCCGAGAUCUUCUGCGCCGAUACGAGUUCCUUGGUCGUAUCAUUGGCAAAUGUCUUUACGAGGGGAUUCUUGUUGAUGUCAACUUCGCGCCCUUCUUUCUUCUUAAGUGGGCUUUGACAGGUGGGAUCAGCUCAGCUUUGAGGGAAUCCUCUUAUCGUGCCAAUUUGAACGAUUUAAAAGAUCUCGAUCAAGGCCUAUAUCAAGGCUUGCUGCAACUCAAGAAUUACUCUGGCGAUGUUGAAGACUUCUCUCUUGACUUCACCGUCAUCGACAACAUACCUGUGCCUGGAAGCCAGUCUCGCAUAAUAACUAAAGAGCUACGAUACAAUGGCGCUCAAAUCCCAGUGACAAAUCAAAACCGACUAGUCUACAUCUCCUACGUCGCGCGGUACCGGCUACAAGUUCAGCCCGCGCUCCAGACUAAUGCAUUCCUACAGGGCUUGGGCCAGAUCAUCCAGCCUGCUUGGCUCUCGAUGUUCAAUCAAUCCGAGUUGCAGACCCUGGUUAGCGGCGAGACUGGUGAUAUUGAUGUGGAGGAUCUCCGACGUAACACCCAGUACGGCGGUGUCUAUGCGAUUGGUGAUGACAACCAGGAACACCCCACCAUUCAGCUCUUCUGGAAGGUUAUGCGCGAAAUGAACAAUGAAGAACGGCAGAAAGUCAUUCGCUUUGUGACCUCAACUCCGCGUGCUCCGCUGCUGGGUUUCAGCCAUCUCAAUCCGCACUUCAGUAUCCGAGAUUCCAGCGACGAUCAGGAACGUCUACCGAGCACAAGCACCUGUGUCAAUCUGCUCAAACUCCCACGCUACUCAACGGCCGAGAUUUUGCGCAACAAGCUGCUCUAUGCCGUGAGCUCCGGCGCAGGCUUUGAUUUGAGCUAA